AUAAAGAGGCCUUACUUUCACGUAAAACCCCUGGAGAAAAUUCAGCUGAAGAACUGGAAAGAGUACUUAGAGUUCGAGAUCGAAAACGGCACUCACGAGCGCGUCGUGGUCCUCUUUGAGAGAUGUGUUAUUUCAUGUGCCCUCUAUGAGGACUUCUGGAUUAAGUAUGCCAAAUACAUGGAGAAUCAUAGUAUCGAAGGAGUGAGGCACGUCUACAGCAGGGCUUGCACAAUACACCUGCCUAAGAAACCCAUGGUUCACAUGCUGUGGGCUGCCUUUGAGGAGCAGCAGGGCAACAUCGAUGAAGCCAGAAGAAUCUUGAAAACGUUUGAAGAGUGUAUUCUAGGGCUAGCCAUGAUUCGCUUGCGGAGAGUAAGCUUAGAGCGCAGACAUGGGAACAUGGAAGAAGCCGAACACCUGCUGGAAGAUGCUGUUAGGAAUGCCAAAUCAAUUAGCGAGUCGUCGUUUUAUGCCAUCAAGUUAGCUCGGCACCUCUUCAAAGUGCAGAAAAACCUUCCAAAGGCAAGAAAAGUGCUGUCAGAAGCCAUAGAAAUUGACAAA